UGAUCAUACGUACACGUGGCAGCGUAACGUUGCUUGCCUUUCUCUCCCUCUUCUUUUUAGAGCUUCUCCUCCCGCACUCCAUCUCAGAGAAGCACAAUCCAGCUUCUCUGUUUCCAAAGGAAAAACAGGAAAAGCUGGGAAGAUUGAAGCUUUUUGUUGGGGUGAAAGUGAAAUGGUUGGCAAGGAUAAUAACCUGAGGGCUGAGGACUUGAACUUGUGCUUUGAGAAACUUAUGAUGGUGGCUGCGAGCGGGAACAGUGAGAAAGGGAUGAACAUGAUGAAGCUUGGGGUGAUCACCGAGUGGAAGGAUAUUCCUGUGGAGCUUUUGAUGCAAAUUUUGUCCCUUGUGGAUGAUCAGACCGUGAUCACAGCUUCUGGAGUAUGUCGUGGCUGGAGAGAUGCUAUUUACUUUGGCCUUGCUCGUUUAUCACUCUCAUGGUGUAGCAAGAACAUGAAUAACUUGGUGCUUUCUCUUGUGCCUAAAUUCGCAAAACUGCAAAUUCUAAUCCUUCGUCAAGACAAGCCUCAACUAGAGGAUAAUGCUGUUGAGAUUAUAGCAAAAUGUUGUCAUGAACUGCAGAUCCUGGACCUUAGCAAAAGCUUCAAGCUAACUGAUCGUUCACUCUAUGCUGUUGCUCUAGGUUGCCGUGAUCUUUCAAAACUCAACAUCAGUGGGUGUUCAGCAUUUAGUGACAAUGCUCUGGCUUAUCUUGCCAGUUUCUGCAGAAAACUGAAAGUUCUAAAUCUCUGUGGAUGUGUUAGAGCUGCAUCUGAUACUGCAUUACAGGCUAUUGGACAAUACUGCAACCAGUUGCAAUCUUUGAACCUUGGAUGGUGUGAUAACGUUGGUGAUGUUGGAGUGACUACUUUAGCAUACGGGUGUCCUGAUCUUAGGACAGUUGACUUGUGUGGGUGUGUCCGUAUUACAGAUGAUAGUGUGAUUGCUUUGGCAAACAGAUGCCCCCAUCUGAGGUCCCUUGGACUGUACUACUGCAAGAACAUCACAGACAGGGCAAUGUAUUCGUUGGCACACAGCAAGGUGAAUAACAGGAUGUGGGGAUCUGUGAAAGGAGAAAAUGAUGAGGAAGGUUUAAGGACUUUGAACAUAAGCCAAUGCACUGCACUCACCCCAUCUGCAGUUCAAGCGGUUUGUGACUCAUUCCCUUCUCUUCACACAUGCUCGGGGAGGCAUUCACUCAUCAUGAGUGGCUGCCUCAAUUUGACAUCUGUGCAUUGUGCAUGUGCUGUCCAUGCACACCGUGCAUUCACCUCUUUCACUCAUCCUGCUCACUAAGCUCUUGCCUUUCAUGUUCAACACACUUCGAGGAAGUGCCCUUCAAGGGCUCAGAGAGGUGAAAGAAGUGAAAUUCCCCCAUGUAGAUAUUCCUGCAUAAAGAGACUUAAUCUAGCUGAUUAUGUACAUCUUGAACUUGUGUCUUAAACUCGGUUUGUUUUAAUCCCCCAAUUGUGAAGCUCGAGGACAUUUUGGAUGCUAAAACUGGUUUGUUCCUAGUUAGCUAUAUAAGUUUAUGAAAACACAUGGACUUCUAAAUGUGUAUUGUUUUUUGGAAGUUUAUUUGCACAGCAUUAUCGUGUCGUUA